AUGUAAUUCUCUUGCAUGUUCUGUGAACAUAAAAGGAAUCUGGCAGAAUUACUAAAUAUGGUAAACAUGAAAAAUAUUCAAGGCUCUUUCCUCCAAGUAUCAAACUGAUUUUUGGUAAAUUUAAUUACGGAGUCCAUCCACUAUUAAAUUCCAAGAUCAAGUCUGCUUUGAAGAAUCGGAAGAGUAUAUCUAAUUGUAUAAGCUCUAGUAAUUUAGGUAUCAUACAUAGCCUCAUCUUAAGGAUAAUCAAAAAUAACUUACUGAAUAUUAUCGAUAUCAUAGAGACAUCCCUCGUAUUUUCAUCAAGGGUAUCACAUCUUAACUAGAAAAUUAUCACGAAAAACAAAGAGAAAUCAAAUACAAGAAAAUAAAGAAAUAAUUAGGAAUGUAGGUCAAAGAUACAACAAGAGAUGAUAUGAUAUAUCCAUUUAAGGCUCUAAAAGGUCUCAGUGAACUCUAAACUUCAAGACAGUUACAAUAGCUAUUGAAAUAAAUCAAACCACUUCGUUAUGAUAAAAGCGGAAUUGCAAAUUUGAUUUAAAAGUAAAAGUAGUAGAUGCUACAGUCAUAAAACUUGAAGAGAUUAUUAAAAAUAGAUAAUACUAAUACUGCUACAACUUUGACGACCAAAAGAACCUAUCAUACUUCUCAUACAUUAUAGGAUGUAAAGAAGAAAAGUCAUAAAAAAUAACUCACUUUAUGCACUGAGUAUUCUCCUGAUGAAAGGAAUGAUUUUUAUAAGAGAUGGUCUGAUGUUUUAAGUCAUAGAUAAUUAUAAUAUCAUAAAAAUAAAAUAAAAUGCACUCUUCUUAACAAAAAGAAAUCACUUAAAUGA